AUGCUGUAUAUUUCAUGCACUGCGAUACUGAAUACGAGAUCUUGGUUCCGAAAUGUCCAAACUGCUCACUCCCCGAAUACAAGAGUUCUAUCCGCCCUCGAAGAUCUGCCGAAUUACUUCGAUAACGACCUUAAUGACGGAGCCACGUUCAUUUGUUUCAUGAAACUGCCGCUCGAUAUUAGGGUUAUGAUUUGGCAAGCAUCUUUACCUGGGCCACGGGUUGUGCUUCUUCGCCCGACCUGGAUUGUGAGAUGGAAAAGUUCAACGCGUUGGGGGACGCAUGAAGUUAUACACGUCCCAGACUGUAUUUUUGAAUCAUCGAGCCCUAUCACAACCUUGUAUGUCUGUCGUGAGUCAUUCAAUAUUGCGUCUACGAGAUAUACCCAGACUUUCGCUUCGCCUGAGUCACCCUUCAAAACUUCAACUUCGACGUCGACACCUUGUAUAUUGGUCAUCGCGAAACUUUUCAUCAUGGGCGACCUGGCUGCCACAGAAAGCCUUGACAUACUUACACUCGUCACUCGCCGAUACCCACAUAAUGCACAUGCCUAUACACCUGAUAGAUAUGGCGAUCUCUCAUUCAUUGAUCUUCAAGAUCUCGACGUUUCUCUAAAUUUCUAUAAAAGUCCAUACGAACCAAAGCUUGAGGAGUCUUUUCAAUCCACACAACAAGAAUAUGCUGAGCAGCUUCAAGGCUUAGCAUCGAUCAAAUUUGAUGUUUUAGAGGAAUUUUGUACUGUGAAGUGUGGAGAACCAGAGUACGAGAUGCCGAUCAUCAGAAACAUGAGCGUUACAACUACGUCAACGAAAGCAAAGCUUGGACGAGCCAAAGCAGCAUUCAGAGUGAAGAAGGCUGAGUAUAUGAAGAGUAGAAAAUUGCUUGCGACAUAA